CUCUCUCUCUCUCUCUCUCUAGUAGUAUUACUUUACUUAAUUACUGUAACUAAUAAGAUCAUUAAUUUUUUUUUUUCUCAUUAAAAUAUCACCAUUAUUAUUCUGUGUCGUUUUCCUGUUCAACAUAUUCCCCACAUUUAAUUAUGUUAGAUCAUUAGAUCAACACUCUGCUCUGCUUCCUUACUUGCUUCAUCCCGUGACUUAGAAGUACUGCUGCUUCGGUUCAACCUGGGUUUGAGUUUGAAGUUGUGAAGUGAAGAUGUUUGGGUUCUCUCGUAGACGCACCAAAUUCGGAAGAUUUAAGGUUCAGCAGCUUUCUGAUGGUACUAGAAGUCCAGUUUCUGUUCGGCAUCCCAAACGAAUUCCAAACUCCAUUCUCAAUGGAGAAGGAGAAGAAGAUGGGAUUGGGGAUGCAGUUACCGGCUCAAGUGGCCAUUCUCAUGAAAUUGAUAAUGAAAUUGUUAGCAGCACCGAUAUCAGUAGUUGUAGCUCAGGCGGAUCGGAGAAUUGGGUAUUAUUGUCAAUUUCUGGAGAUAAGCCCGCUCCUAGAUUCAAUCAUGCCGCCGCUGUAAUUGGGAAUAAGAUCAUAGUGGUUGGCGGAGAGUCUUCUACUGGGUUGCUUGAUGAUGUGCAGGUGCUGAAUUUUGAAACAUUUUCGUGGACAACGGCAUCGUCAAAGCUUUACUUGUCUCCCAGUAGUCUGCCCCUAAAGAUUCCUGCAUGCAAGGGCCAUAGUUUGGUAUCUUAUGGGAAAAAGGCACUUCUCAUUGGAGGGAAAACGGAUCCCGGAAGUGACAGAAUUUCAGUAUGGGCGUUUGAUACAGAAAGUGAGUGCUGGUCACUCAUGGAGGCAAAGGGAGACAUACCGGUUGCUCGCAAUGGUCACAGUGUUGUCAGGGCAAGCUCUUAUUUGAUAUUGUUUGGGGGUGAAGAUGCAAAAAGGAGGAAACUGAAUGAUCUACAUAUGUUUGAUCUCAAGUCGUUGACUUGGCUUCCACUUCACUACACGGGAACAGCACCUUCUCCAAGAUUGAACCAUGUAGCAGCUCUCUAUGAUGAUAAAGUUCUUUAUAUAUUUGGAGGAUCCUCAAAAUCCAAAACCUUAAAUGAUUUAUAUUCACUUGACUUUGAAACGAUGGCAUGGUCAAGAGUAAAGGUUCGAGGUUUCCAUCCAUCACCUAGAGCUGGUUGUUGUGGCGUUUUGUGUGGUACUAAAUGGUAUAUUACAGGGGGUGGAAGCAAGAAAAAACGACAUGGAGAGACUCUGAUUUUUGAUAUUGUAAAAAAUGAAUGGUCUGUGGCAAUUACAUCACCUCCAUCUUCUAUCACUACCAACAAGGGUUUCAGCUUGGUACUUGUGCAAUACAAGGAAAAAGACUAUCUUGUUGCAUUUGGGGGAUCCAAAAAAGAGCCGUCUAAUCAGGUGGAAGUAUUGGAAUUGGAUAAGAAUGAAUCAGCACUUAGAAGACGUUCAACUCCCAGUAAAGGUCCUGCGUCUAUACUGCUUGAAAAACAUUCAUCAUCCACUAGAUUAGCCUCUCAGCUUAAUCACUGUUCCCAACGCUUAGUUGACUCUGUUGCUAGACAAAAUUUAGCAUCUGCAGUUGAACAUGGUUCUGGAAGGAAAUCUCUUUCCGAAUCUGUAGAUCCCAAUUACCCCCCAAGCAAUGUCUCCCUUCGUAAGCAAUUUGAUCGCGAUGAAGAAUACAAUGCAGAUGUCAAGAUGGACAAGAACUCAGAUGGAAGUUCUUUACCUCAGGUGGCAGAUCACAGAACAAAUGAAAAUGACCGUCGUAAACUGAUGAACAUUAGUGGAGCCAAGGUUAAUAUUGAAGGACAAGUGUUGUUGUCUGGGAUGUCAAAUCAACAAAACCAAGUAUUUGAAAGUGAUGCACUAGAAAGUGAAGUUGUGUCUUUUCCUGAGAAUGAUAAAUCAGGAUCACUUUCUUCUACAAAUAUCUAUCAAUACUAUGAAAGUAAAGUAGCAGCCCUAAUAAGGAAAAAUGGAAUGCUGGAGGGUCAACUGGCAGCUUCCAUGGCAAGCAGAGAAGCUGCAGAGAAAGGCUUAUCAUCUGUCCAUAAAAGCAGACAGGAAAUGGAGAAAAAAUUGGCUGAUGCAUUGAAGGAAAUGGAAUUACUGCGAGAGAAGCUAGCCGGUCUAGAGUUGGCCCAAGAAGAGGCCAACAACUUAUCAAACAUUGUCCACUCUGAUAAUGUUAGGCUCGAGCAUGAUGUGGCCUUCCUCAAGGCUGUUUUAGAUGAUACACAGAAGGAGUUGCACUCGACACGAGGAGUUAUUGCAGGAGAAAGAGCUAGGGCAUUCCAACUACAGUAUGAAGUUUUUCAUCUUAAACAGAGAUUGCAAUCUAUGGAAAAUCGGACAUCUACUACACCCAGGAAACCGUUUCACGUGCAGUGAAGUAGAUAAUUGGAGCAGCUCACCACUUCGUUCCUAGUUUUUCCGCGACUUUGUCAUCUCUAGAAGCAUCUGAUUGUGUAUAAUUUUGUCAAACAUUAGGAGGAAAUAUGUAUAUUAAGUGUAUUUGUAUAUUCAGCUCGACCUCUUAAGCUCUAUCUAUCCUUCAAUUAGCAACAGUGUAUCGAGAACAACUACUAAUAACAUAACAUAUUAAGAAGUCACAGUUAACUAGAUA